AUGGGAGCUGACGACUAUGUCAUCCUACUCUCUCUGGCCUUCUCAUGGAUCUUCUUCGGCCUGAUGGUAGGAGAAGUCUACCAUGGCAUGGGCGAGCACUAUACCUCUAUCCCCGCCCCAAUCUUCAAGGCCCAAAUGAUCUGUUUCUGGGCUUCAGUUCCCAUAUACCAAACAAGCCUCAUCAGCACAAAGAUGUCAAUCCUUCUCCAAUACAAACGAGUGUUCUCCACAUCACGCAUGCGUCUGGCAUGUUGGAUCAUGAUUAGUGUUCUAGGUCUCUAUGGAACCUGGACUAUCAUUAGCGCUUGGGCAAAUUGUGUUCCUCUCGCCAAAUUCUGGGAUCCAACUAUCCCCGGCUUUUGUUUAAACAAGAAAGCCUUGUGGUUUUCCAACUCGGCCAUCCACAUUCUGACCGAUCUUUUCAUUCUCGUAUACCCAAUGCCGGUCCUGAAAUCGCUGCAAUUACCCCAGAAGCAAAAGUUCGCUCUCAUGGCUAUCUUCGCGCUAGGCGGAUUCGUCUUGAUCACAAGUAUCCUCCGUCUCAAGUCUCUCCUCGUCAUCUCCAACUCAGACGACCCAACCUACGAUAACGUCGGGGCAGCAACCUGGUCCGCCAUCGAGUGUAACGUGGCAAUUAUCUGCGCCUGUUUACCAGGUACACGCGCCUUUCUCUCCAAGAUCCUGCCGCACAUCUUCUCCACCCGAAGUAACGGCUACCGCAGCAUCACGACUCGACCUUCGCAAAAUGGCCGCAAUCCCUCCGCAGGCAACGGUAACAUGCAGGUCCUUGCCUCUAUCGUCGGCGGGCCUGAUCACAGCUCGGGCUAUAUCCACGAUCUGGAAGAGCUGUCGCCGUCCGGCUCGUUCAAGAGCUACACUAUGAAGACUACAAGGGAAGCCUUUGCGGGCAUUAAGGUUACGACAAAUGUUACGCAGGAGCGGACCUCGCACUCCAAGAUAGCUUUUGUUGAUGAUGCGUGA